UUACGAAAGCCACCGAGGUGUUCCGAUAGAUAGCCAGCCAUAUUGGUUUCUUCUCGAAUAUUCAACGUGAUUCAUGUGGGAACCUGCUGUAGAAAUCCAUUAACAUCGUCGCUUCUACACUUAAAGGAAACGUUUUUAAUCAUCCAUCAUGCCACCGGCACGUAAAAGUAACCAGACAAGGAAGUCAGAGUACAAAGAUAAAGAAAAACCGACACAAAUUCGCUUCAGCAACAUCACUGCCGCAAAGGCUGUUGCUGAUGCUGUCCGAACAAGUCUUGGCCCUAGAGGCAUGGACAAGAUGAUCCAGGCCUCAAAUGGGGAUGUAACAAUUACUAAUGAUGGAGCUACCAUCCUGAAGCAGAUGAUGGUUCUCCACCCCGCAGCAAAAAUGCUUGUGGAGCUGUCUAAGGCCCAGGAUGUUGAGGCAGGAGAUGGUACCACAUCUGUUGUUGUCAUUGCUGGCAGCCUGUUGGAUGCCUGCUCAAAACUACUCGCCAAAGGAAUUCACCCCACAAGUAUAUCCGAAGCAUUCCAGAAAGCUUCAGUGAAAGCUGUGGAGAUCUUAGAGAGUAUUGUAGAACCACUGGAAUUAUCUGAUCGUGAAUCUCUUUUGAAGAGUGCAUCUACCUCUCUCAACUCCAAGGUGGUGUCCCAGUACUCUGGAAUUCUGUCUCCCAUUGCUGUCGACGCUGUUUUGAAAGUCAUCAAUCCUUCAACAGCUACCAAUGUAGAUCUCCGAGACAUUAAAGUAGUCAAGAAAAUCGGUGGGACCAUCGAAGAUACGGAGUUGAUUGAUGGUUUAGUGUUUAAUCAGAAGAGUGCUGGAACUGGAGGACCUAACCGAGUAGAAAAGGCCAAGGUUGGACUGAUCCAGUUCUGUGUUUCUCCUCCUAAAACAGAUAUGGACAAUUCUGUAGUAGUAUCCGAUUACUCCCAGAUGGACAGAGUAUUAAGAGAGGAAAGACAAUAUAUCCUAGACAUAGUCAAGAAGAUUAAAAAAGCAGGCUGUAAUGUUCUUCUAAUCCAGAAAUCUGUGUUGAGAGAUGCUGUUAGUGAUUUAGCUCUUCAUUUCUUAGCCAAAAUGAAAAUAAUGGUCAUCAAAGAUAUUGAAAGAGAAGAUGUUGAGUUUGUCUGCAAGGGAUUGGGAUGCAGGCCUAUUGCCAGUCUGGAUCAUUUCUUACCAGAAAAUCUUGGAUCUGCAGAUUUGUUUGAAGAGAUUCAAACCGGACCAAGUAAAAUAGUCAAGGUCACAGGUAUCCCCAUGCAAGGAAAGACAGUGACUGUACUAAUCAGAGGCUCAAACAAGCUGGUCUUGGAGGAAGCUGAUAGGUCAAUCCACGACGCCCUCUGUGUAAUCCGCUGUCUUGUCAAAAAGAAGGCUUUGAUUGCUGGAGGCGGGGCUCCAGAGACGGAGUUGUCUCUCCAGCUGAUGGACCAUGCCAACUCCCUGACUGGUGUAGAACAGUAUUGCUUCAGGGCUUUUGCAGAGGCUCUGGAAGUGAUACCUUUCACCCUGGCUGAAAAUGCUGGCCUCAACCCCAUUGCCACAGUUACAGAACUGAGAAACAGGCAUGCCAAGGGAGAGAAAACCGCUGGUAUUAAUGUCCGCAAGGGAGCCAUUACCAACAUCCUGGAGGAGAAUGUUGUCCAGCCCAUUCUUGUGUCCACUAGUGCUAUUCACCUAGCCUCUGAAACAGUCCGAAGCAUCAUGAAAAUUGAUGAUAUUGUAAACUGUGUACGUUAAAUUAUUGGAAAAGCUACUAAAGAAAUAUCCCCCCUGCAUCAAAUGAGGUUUCUGUUUGAACAAAGAAUGAGAGAUGGACAUCCACAGUUCCCACAGCUGUUCAUUAACAGCUUUGAAGUGUGUAUGUGAAGUACGAGUGCUAGAAGUGAAGCUUUGGAAGUCCACCCUCAUCACUGGAGGAACAAUCACAGAACAUAACUGCACGUUUUUGUGUACAAAAAUUCAAGAAACAGCAACAUGCUGAUGUGGACUUUCUUUUAAGGAAUAUUUAAUUGAACCAUUCAACGCUGAUAUUGUUAUGUUAUUAAACCGUUUGGUGUUCUCAUCAUCAAAUCUUCAUAUUUAUGUGUAAAUGUGUGAUAAUAUAUGUGCUGCCUGUCCUUUUGAUAAAAAGUAAAAUUAAUUCAAAAAUA